GGUUCCGAGCCGCAGGUCCGUCCCAGAACCAGCAUGGCUCCGUUUGACAGAACCCCGCUGCAGAACAAACCUUUCAAACAGAGGAAGAGCUUCGCUACAAGGAAACAGGAGGUGGCUGGGAUUCGGUCCAAGUUCCCCAACAAGAUCCCGGUCAUCAUCGAGCGCUAUGACAAGGAGAAAUAUCUGCCUCCUCUGGAUAAAACUAAGUUUCUGGUUCCGCACGAGCUCUCCAUGACCCAGUUCGUCACCAUCAUCAGGAACCGGAUGGCCCUGCUGCCCACCCAGGCCUUCUACCUGCUCAUCAACAACAGCGGGCUGCCCAGCAUGUCCCUCACCAUGGCACAGGUCUACAAGGACCACCAGGACGAGGACGGCUUCCUCUACAUGACCUACGCCUCGCAGGAGAUGUUUGGACUCUGAGACGGGCCCGGAGACGCUCCGGCUCCAGGUUUUAUUCUGCUCCAGGAUGCUGUAAAUAGAAAACAUUUUUUAUGGACUGGUUCUGUUUUUAAUGUUCAUCUAAUAAAUGUUCUGAAUCUGCA